AUGUAUUCCAAUUCGUUUGAUAAAAACCGGAGGCCAAGGCAAUACCUUGAUCAAGGUAGACUUCGGCCUAAUCCGACUACAGCACCAUCAAUGGGAGGAUUUCCAAUGAAUCGAAUCCGUUCUGACCAAAGCUCGACCAGCACUCAAUCCGGAUCUUCUGGAGACUUUUACUCUCCGGUUCUCAUGAGUCGAAAUUAUUCGGAUCAAGGCUCAAUCAGUACCCAAUCUGGAUCGUCCAGGGAGUUCUACUCUCCGGCUCCUAGCAGUCCAUCCAUGUCUUUCGAUUUAAACCCCUCCCACUUACCACAAUACUAUGACGAUGGAUAUAACCAGGGAUACAACAACUACACCACAGCAUCAUAUAGUAUGGAGAGGAGCUCAUCGAACCAAAGUCAUUCUCUCAAAGCAACUCCAUCUAGUCUUGGCUGGUCCCCCGAGACAGAACUCCUCAGACUGUACAAGUUAAUCGUACCAAAGGGAAAAGAGCCAUAUCUAGAACUACUUCCAGGGUACACAAUUCAUCAAGAUACACCUCAACAGGUUUUUCUUGAUCCACCUAGUGAUCCUCAAAAAGGCGUCUAUCCUUGUCAAUUCCCAAUCAACUGUCCAGGCAAGCAAUUCCGAAGGCCUGCGGACCUAGAACGCCAUUAUAGGCAUGUUCACGCCGAUGCCGAUCAGAAGGGUAGUUUUCCCUGCGACUACAAACCCUGCACCCGAUCCAAAGGUCCUUUUACCCGAAAAGACCACUAUCGAGACCAUCUCAAAGAUUUUCACAAAGAAGAUAUUGGGACUGCUAAACAACCCAAGAAUACAAAAGAUCCUAAGAAACUAGAAGAUCUUCAACAAGCGUGGCUCGAAGAACGUCAAAUCGAUCCGAGAUGGUGGAGAUGUAGAAAGUGUCUCCGGAGAGUUUAUGUGGAUACGAAUGGAUAUAAAUGCGUAAAUUGCAAUGAGGAAUGUGCGAAAGAGAGGAUAGAAGCGAGGGAGCAAAAGAAACGAGACGGGGAUAGAGAGAAAAUGUACUACUCGGGUGAGAGAGCGGAUAUGAUGUAUGCGGCCCAGUGCACGAGCUGUAAUGGAAGCAUGUGGAUCUCGGAUGUAGGGUUUGGGGAAGAACAUUCGGUGCCCUGUCCGAUUUGCGUGCCGAGUGAGGAGAUUAGCUACGAGGAUGUGGAGUGGCAGGAGGAUGGGAGUUUUGAGCCGGCGUACGAAAAUGCUUAUUAGGAAGUCCGAGUUGGCUUCUUGGGGAGAUGGCGAAGGGUUACGAUUUGAUGAGUUAAUGUUUUAUGAGAAGAGAGUAGUAACUCUUGAAAAUAAGACAUGUUCAUCUGCUGGCUCUAGGCGUUGGAUUUGGGCGGCGAAUCAAACUGGGUGGCGUAUAAAUGUAGACAGACGGCUGGUAACUUGCUUGGAGGGAUUUGGUGUUGGUGUCGCUUUUCGUGCUAAUUCAACUAUUAUUUUCUUUUUCCUUUAUACAAUGUAUAUUUACCUUUUCAUCUUCGCUUUUCUAAACAUUUAUUCAUUCACACCUAAGGUCUCUUUUUUAAUGUCCUAUCUUUUGAAAGGAGCCAAAAAAGAAACCUUCCAAAUUGUUACGUCAAUUUUCAGCAGGGUAAUAAUAUUGCUUCGCUUUUCUCUCUAUUCCUCUUUCACUAUUUCUUCCUCCCCCCCUCGAUGCUCAUUCUUAAUACUUUCCUCACACCUCAUCGUCUGCUCCUUAUGAUCCUUCUUAUAUCAUUCGGGGCGAGGUGUUUCGGAACGCCCAACAUUCGGUAUCUAAUAAGCCUU